UGUUUUUCAAUAGUAAACAGACAAGUCUGUGAUUUCUACUGCGCGUCACCGGACGGGCGUCUGACGAUGAUUACGGUGGCGGUGGGCGGUGGCCACGGUUACGGCGUCCUGUCGAGUGUCGACGAACUCGUCCGCCUCUUUUCUUUUUCGCGGUUGGCGCUGCCGCUACCAGAAAACAAGGGAUGAGAAAACCGGGGAUCGCGGGAUUUUUUCUUCUUCUUCACGAGCGUUAAUCGUGCCGUCCGUUUUCCUCCUCCAUUCAGCCGGGUAACGAUGGAUGCCGCCAGGAUACCAUCUUGCCGAGUAGAUAGAGAUAGAAGACGAUAAAAGUUGAUCCUUUUUAUUAUUAUCUGUUUUCCAUUCCACCGUUUUGGUAUGAAUUGCACAGAGCGUUGCCGAUUCCUACGCCUGGUUGUUGGCCAAGGUGGGUGGUCGUUGCUUGAGGCUCCGAAACUCCAGGACCUCCAACGUCACUGACGGCACGAGUCGUGCGCAACGCACGGCGCGUUGAAGCCGGCGCCCGAAUCGGAUAGGCUCGACGGCGAUGUGAUGAUAAGUAGCAGAUGACCAGAGUCUACUCUCCCCAGUCGAGCGAGAGUGAAGAGUCGUAGCGGAGCGGAGCGGAACUGAGUGUCGAUCGCCGACUCGAAUCGCGGAGGCCGGUACCCGGGGAUGAGGGUUCAGGACGGGGACGUGGACGGCGGCGGCGAGGUGACCGCGCCGCCGCAGCACCUGGUGUUCGCCUACUACAUCACCGGUCACGGCUUCGGGCACGCCACCCGCGCCCUCGAGGUGGUGAGGCACCUGGUCGCCGCGGGGCACGACGUGCACGUGGUCACCGCCGCGCCCGAGUUCGUCUUCACCACCGAGAUCGCCUCCCCCAGCCUCCACAUCCGCAAGGUCCUGCUCGACUGCGGCGCCGUCCAGGCCGACGCCCUCACAGUGGACCGCCUCGCCUCGCUCGAGAAGUAUCACCAGACGGCCGUGGUGCCCCGGGAGUCCAUCCUCAAGACCGAGGCGGAGUGGCUCAACUCCAUCAAGGCCGACCUUGUGGUUUCAGAUGUUGUACCCGUCGCGUGUAGGGCAGCUGCAGAUGCUGGCAUUCGAUCCGUGUGCGUCACAAAUUUCAGCUGGGACUUCAUUUAUGCAGAGUACGUUGUAGCUGCUGGACAUCAUCAUCGCUCAAUUGUGUGGCAGAUAGCAGAGGAUUACUCCCAUUGUGAAUUCUUGCUCAGACUCCCCGGAUACUGCCCUAUGCCUGCUUUCCGUGAUGUCAUUGAUGUUCCUCUGGUGGUCAGAAGAUUGCACAGAUCUAGAACUGAGGUGAGAAAGGAACUAGGGAUCGCAAAUGAUGUUAAGGUGGUCAUUUUCAACUUUGGAGGACAGCCUGCCGGAUGGGAACUGAAGAAAGAGUGGUUGCCUGACGGUUGGCUAUGUUUGGUAUGUGGUGCAUCUGAUACUCAAGAGCUCCCUCUAAAUUUCAUUAAGCUUGCAAAGGAUGCCUACACACCUGAUUUGAUGGCGGCAUCUGACUGCAUGCUUGGGAAAAUCGGAUAUGGCACUGUGAGUGAGGCUUUGGCUUACAAUCUGCCAUUUGUAUUUGUUCGAAGAGAUUAUUUCAAUGAGGAACCAUUUUUGCGGAAUAUGCUUGAGCAUUAUCAAUGUGGCAUUGAGAUGAUACGGAGGGAUUUACUUACUGGCCAUUGGAAACCUUAUCUUCAACGUGCUAUCACACUUCAACCCUGCUAUGAUGGUCCCAUAAAUGGUGGCAAGGUAGCUGCACAUAUCCUCCAAGAUACUGCUGUUGGGAAGAAGUAUAUUUCUGGAAAGUUGAGCGGAGCAAGACGGUUGCGUGAUGCCAUUGUGCUUGGCUAUCAGCUUCAAAGGGCUCCUGGGAGAGAUGUAGGAAUUCCUUACUGGUAUUCUCACUCUGAGAAAGAAAUUAGUGUUGGCCCAGCGCCCACAUCUCAUGAUAUGAAUGGAAGUGAUGAGUCAUCGUUCGAGGACUUUGAGAUACUCCAUGGUGACAUGCAAGGCUUAACUGAUACUAUGUCCUUUUUGAAGAGUUUAUCAGGGCUUGUUGGAAAUGACUUAAGAAGCCCUGAGAAGCAAACUCGAGAGAGGGCUGCUGCUUCUGUGCUCUUUGACUGGGAGGAGGAAAUAUAUGUUGCAAGAGCACCUGGGCGAUUAGACGUUAUGGGUGGUAUCGCAGAUUACUCUGGAAGUCUUGUAUUGCAGAUGCCCAUCCGAGAGGCAUGCCAUGUUGCUGUUCAGAGAAGUGACCCUACCAAACAGAAGCAAUGGAAGCAUACACAGGCUAGACAACUAGCAAAUGGAGGAGCAGUACCAGUGUUACAAAUUGUAUCCUUUGGUUCUGAAUUAAGUAAUCGUGCACCUACGUUUGACAUGGACCUUUCUGAUUUUAUGGAUGGCGACAAACCAAUAUCUUAUGAUAAUGUGAAGGAAUACUUUUCUCGGGAUCCAUCCCAAAAAUGGGCUGCCUAUGUUGCUGGAACUAUUUUUGUAUUGAUGGCUGAACUAGGGGUGCGCUUUAAAGACAGCAUGAGCAUUUUGGUUUCUUCAUCUGUCCCUGAAGGCAAAGGUGUCUCCUCUUCUGCAUCUGUGGAGGUUGCUUCUAUGUCUGCUAUCGCCGCUGCCUAUGGUUUAAACAUUGCUCCAAGGGAUCUUGCUUUGCUCUGUCAAAAGGUUGAGAAUCGUGUCGUCGGAGCUCCUUGUGGAGUAAUGGACCAAAUGACAUCUGCUUGUGGAGAAGCUAACAAACUCCUAGCAAUGGUUUGCCAGCCUGCAGAAGUGAAGGAGUUGGUUAACAUUCCAACUCAUAUAAGAUUUUGGGGUCUUGACUCUGGGAUACGUCAUAGUGUUGGUGGGACUGAUUAUGGGUCUGUAAGAGUAGGCACUUACAUGGGCCGCAAGAUGAUCAAGUGUGCUGCAUCCAACCUACUUUCAGAAUUGUUGCUCUCGUGUACGUCUACGCAACCAGGCGACUCAAGUCCCGACGAAUAUGAAGGACAUGGCGUCGACCUCCUGAAAUCUGAAGCGUCAAUGGAGUAUCUAUGCAACUUACCACCACAUAGGUAUGAAGCUGUUUUCGCGAAAGAAAUUCCGGAGACGAUCACUGGCGAUGCGUUUUUAGAGAAGUAUGGAGACCACAACGAUGCGGUAACAGAAGUUGACCCAAAGCGGUCUUACUGUGUCAAGGCUCCUACUAGACAUCCCAUAUACGAGAACUUCCGAGUCGAGGCCUUCAAAGCGUUGCUAACAGCUGCCAAAACAGACGAGCAGCUCUCAGCCCUUGGAGAGCUGAUGUUCCAGUGCCACUACAGCUACAACGCUUGCGGGCUCGGCUCUGACGGCACAGACAGGCUAGUGAAUCUAGUUCAAGAAAUCCGGCACAGGAAGAGCUCGCGCGCCGGAGGGCCCAGCCUGUUCGGCGCGAAGAUCACCGGCGGAGGGUCCGGCGGCUCGGUCUGCGUGAUGGGGAAGAACUGCCUGAAAAGCAGCGAGGAGAUCCUCGAGAUCCAGAAGAGGUACAAAGCGGCGACUGGGUACCUCCCGACUGUUUUCGACGGCUCGUCUCCCGGCGCCGGCAAGUUUGGGUACCUGAAGAUUCGGCGCCGGUCCACGUCGCCGUCUGAUUGAAGAAGAAGAAGAAGGAAGAGCUCUGCUCGGUCGGCCGUACCCUCACGGUCGUAUUGAUCGUAUCGUAUCCCACGCACUACGCCCAAGAUGCCAAUAAAUGGGACAGAUUGAUCGGCAAUAAUAAUACUAGUAGCCAUAGAAAACUCUAGUGAUAAGCUGCGAAACAACUUGUAUGUCGAAGAAAAUAUUUGAAACCAUGGUAUCUUUGUGGUCGAUAUCUGAAGUGAGAUGAUGUGAAUGGCUAUUGGCGUAUGUUCAUGUUUGA